CAAAUAAUAGUAUGCAUACACAAAACACAACCUCAAUUUCUCAACUAACUUUGAUUUAAUAAUAAUAAAUAGUAGUUAUUAUUAUUUUUUAAAAAUGUUGAAGCAAUCAUUUAAAUUUUGUAAAUCAAAUACUUUAUUAUCAAAUAUGCUCAAAUAUAAAAUGAGCACAGCUACUAAUGAAAAAUGGGAUUUAUUGAGUGCUAUUUGUAUUGAAAGACAUCCAAUAAUAACACCACCCAAGAGUGAAAUGGAAGAGAAUUUUCAGAGUUUGUUAAACGAGAUUGAAGACGAGAACAGCAUGAAAUCAGAUCAUGAGUUAAAAGUAGAAAAUGAAAUAAGGCUAAACGAGCAGCUGAAAAAAGGUUUAAUUGAAAUUGAUUCAGAUGCUGUAAGUGUUGAUCGUCCUGGGGACAUUGAAGAUCAAGGUGAGGCUGAAUUAAAGGAAUUUAAAUUUGCUCCGCGUGUCACUGAGGCAGAUUUAAAAAAUAUAACAACUUCGUUGGAGAGAAAACUCGAUAAGGUUUUGCUUCUGUGUGUCCAACAAAAAAUUGGUAAAGAUAAUUUUUGGCUGCCUCCUCAGGGAGUCAGGGAAGAAGGAGAAAAUAUGAGACAGGCUGCUGAAAGAAUUUUACGAAAAACGUGCGGGGAAAAUUUGACCGUACAGAUUUAUGGAAAUGCACCUUUUGGGUUUUAUAAAUACAUUUAUCCAAAAGCAGUACGUGGUAAUGGUUCACGAGGCGCUAAGAUAUUUUAUUAUCUUGGCAAGUACAUAAACGGCAACUUACCUGAUACUUUGGAGUACCAAUGGCUCGAUAGAAGUGAAUUAAAAGAUAAUUUACCAAAUCCAAUUUAUAAAAGUGUUUCUAAAUUCCUUAUUCCCGAGCAAACAGCAUAAAAAAUAAAAAUUAGAGCAUACUGUAAAUAAAUAAGGAUCCUAGUAUUUCAAUAAAUUUUUAUUAAAUUAUA